GCAGCCGCGCAGUGGAACUGUUGCACUGCUGCGACUGCGCAGUAAAGGGUGGAGGUGGUGGGGGUGCCAGUGGGAGGAUUGCAUUUAGAGGAAUGUGAGUUCAGUUAAAUACCGGCCAGGGUAGACAUAAGCGCAGAGAGAGAGAGCCGACAGAAGGCGCGGACAAUAUCGGAUCGCCGAGACAGCGAGCAGACCAGGUGGACGAGCUCAAUGGAGAGAGACGCAGUGCAAACAGCAGACUGCGUUUAAAACCACCACCACCCCGGACUGCCCUUUCUGUUCAUGCCGAUUCACUGCUACCCCUCCUCCCGACUCCCCUGCUCGGCUGUGGCGUCCCUCGCCGCUGUACCUUUUCGCUGCUGAUUUCGGCUCGCUUUGGGAGGGUACGAGCGGGGCUAUAUGAUGAAGUUCAAGCCUAACCAGACGAGGACGUACGACGGGGAGGGCUUCAAGAAGCGGGCAGCGUGCUUGUGUUUCAAGAACGAGCGAGAAGACGAGGUCUUGCUGGUCAGUAGCAGUCGGCACCCGGACCAGUGGAUUGUCCCAGGAGGGGGCAUGGAGCCAGAAGAGGAACCGUGUGGCGCAGCAGUGCGGGAGGUCUACGAGGAGGCCGGUGUGAAAGGCAAGUUGGGAAGACUCCUGGGAGUGUUUGAGCAGAAUCAAGACAGGAAGCAUAGAACAUAUGUAUAUGUUCUCACAGUGACGGAGACAUUAGAAGAUUGGGAGGAUUCAGUCAAUAUUGGUCGGAAGCGGGAGUGGUUCAAAAUCGAGGAGGCGAUUCGAAUCCUGCAGUGUCACAAACCGGUCCACGCCGAGUACCUGGAAAAACUGAAACGCAGCUGCUCCCCAAAAAAUGCCAACUCCAUGCUUCCCUCUCUUCCUGACAACUCGACCCUGUACGUGAAUUCCCCACAGACUCCUGGGCUUUCCUCCUCGCGGAGAUAGAAGGACGUGGCCGAGCUGGGAUUCUCAUGUAAAAUGUAUCUGUAAAAAAAAAAA